AUGAGUGAAGACGGCGGUGGAGGCGGCGAUAUUCCGCCAUCCUCUUCACCUCCUCCUCCUCUUUCGGAAGCUGUUGAAGCAACGGAAGCCAUUGAAGCUACUGAAGCAGCCGAAGCUACUGAAGCUACUGAAGCUGUUAUCGUUGCCGCCUCUCCAUCAGCCGAUGUCGUCGUCGCUGAUGAUGGCAAAAAACUUCUGCAGACGACGCCUGGUGGUGCUGCGAGCAGCGGAGGAGGAGUGGAAGGUGCAAUUCAGGAAACUUCUUCGGCACCGGUGCUAGAAGCAAUUGAUUCUGAUUCUGUGAUCACGUCCACCUCGGCUGACCAGCAGCAACCAGAGCUCAUCAGGGUAGAAUCGGAUGAACCAGUGGUGGAAAGUCCAGCAGCGGCGAAAGUUGAGCAGCAGCAACCACAACCACAACAGCAGCCUGAACAACCUGAACAACAACAAUCGUCCCCAGUUGUAACUGAUGCUGAUGGUGUUCCGCCGGUCGUCCUCCUGGACACGUCAACCACCGUAGAAGUGCCUUCCCAGCAAUUAAACAGCAAAGAUGCUGCUGCCUCUCCAUCAACAUCCUCAUCACCUCCGCCAGCGCCUGAGAAGCAGCAAAAAGAACAACAACCAGAGCCACAGCCACUGGUAGUGGUGAAUGGCACCGAGGAAGCUGAGAAAAAGAGCACAGAGGAAAGUUCUACUCCUGAAUCAGAGGAUGCUAAAGCUGCCGCUGCUGCUGCCGCUGCUUCAGCUAAGGCAGUCAAUAAUGGCGUUGUCGGCGCUGUCAACUCUGAGCUGAACGAUGCGACAGACUCACCAAAAGCGACUGUGGAAUCCGGUGAUCAACCGCUGCAGCAACCGCCCGUCACAGUCAGCGCUGAUGAGCCCAAGUCGCCCGAGUCAACAACAACAACAACGACAACAGCAGCAGCAGCAGUUCCGGCUGAUAAGAGCCCUAGCAAAACGGCACUGGAGACUGCUGCAGCACCAGCAAUAACCCCAGCAAAAGCAGCAACAACAGAAACAGCCACCACCACAAUUGUUGAUAACGAAAAGAAGGCGAGUGAAGUGGAAAGUCCCGCUACAGUAUCACCACCAAUUUCAGCCUCGACGCCUAGCAAUACUAAAGUGCCGGUAGAAACAGCUGCUGCAGCCGCAGCAGCAGCACCAGCAGUGGCCACUGUCACAAAUAUCAUCACGCCGACCACGAUGACCGCCAUGAUAAACCCUUCUCCUCCAUCAGCUCCACAACCUCCUCCUCCUCCGCCCACCACUAUCACCUCCUUCUACGAGGACAUCAACGAGGUGCUGGCCGAUAGCUCCACCUCUGACGAGGUCAAGUUCGGCCUGCUGUGCACGAAAAUCCUCGCGGCCAUGUCGGCGAACCACUCGAUCCACGUCAAUGAGAUCAACCUCAUCACCGACAACAUCCUCAAGCUGCUGAUCACCGACGACAUGCAGCGCAUCAAGCGGCCGCAGACGCUGCGCCUCUUCUUCUGCGACUACCUGAAGAUGCUCCCCUCGAAGGUGGUGGCGGAGAUUCUCAGCGUCCUCAUCGCCGUCCUCAAGAAGUCGCUGCUCAACCUCGAGUUCAGCAAGGACCUCCUCCUGGUGGCCAUCACGCAGACCGCCCACCUCGACCACCUCAUCAAGCACUUCAUCCGCGAGAUCAUCAACCUCCAGACGACCUACAGCUGCAACGUCAAGGAGCUGCUGGCCAUUCUCCGCCUGAGCGAGGAGGACCCCCGGCUGCUGCACUACCUGCGCAACGCCAACCUCUACCAGCGCAACCGCCCCACCGCCUUCUUCGCCUUUCCCGGCAUCAACGGCUCGGUGAUGGCCCUGCCGCCCUUCACCAAGUGGCCCAUCCAAAAUGGCUGGACCUUCGUCACCUGGUUCCGCCUGGAGUCGAACGCCACCAACUCGCAGCCCUACCUUUACUACUUCCGCACGGCCAAAUCGGGCGUCGGCUACUCCGCCCACUUCACCGGCAACUGCCUCGUCCUCACCUCGAUGAAGAUCAAGGGCAAGGGCUUCCAGCACUGCAUUCCCUACGAGUUCACGCCCCACCGGUGGUUCCACUGCGCCAUCACCUACGUCGCCCGGUGGCGCACCGCCGAGGUGAAGGUCUACGUCAACGGGCAGCUGACGGCCAACACCGAGAUGGCCUGGCAGGUGGCCACCGGCGACCACUUCGACAAGUGCUUCAUCGGCGGCACGCCCGACCUCCACGACACCUACCUCUUCAGCGGGCAGAUCGCCUCCCUGUACCUCUUCCACGAGGCCCUCAGCCCCUCGCAGAUCUGCUCCAUCCACCGGCUGGGCGCCAGCUACGUCGGCGAGUACCGCCACCCGAAUGAGAGCCAGCUGGAGCUGCCGGUCGGCAUCCGCCGCGUCCUCUACGAGGAGAAGCUCGCCGCCGCCAUCUUCUGCCUGUACACGCCGGUGGCGGUGGAGAGCGAACGGCUCUGUCUGCAGGGCCUGCCCAAGGGCAACACCAGCUACUUCACCUCCAGUCCGCACGCCGCCCUCCUCGGCUCGGCCACCGCCGUGCGCACCUACAGCAUCGCGGCGACGCUGCAGUCGGUGGGCGGCAUCCGCGCCCUCCUCCCCCUGCUCUACAAGUUUGCGGGGAGGGCCGAUGCGGAGGCCGUCGGCACGCUGAUUGGCUUCAUCUGCGACCUGCUGGAGUACAGUCCCCAGUGGUUCGGCAAUGAGAUGCUGCAGGCGGCCGGUUUUGUGACGAUUGCGGCCAUUCUCGGCCGGAACGCCCGCCUCCUCCUCACCGCCGACACCUUGGAGGUGCUGCUGGGCCUGACGAAGACGCUGAUUAGCACGGCGGGAGUUUCCGGCGGAGGUGGUGGCAGUGGCGGCGGUCCGGACGCGCCUCUCAUCCUCAAGCAGAUGCUCGACAAUGUCCUCUUCAACCCCUCGCUGUGGGUGUACGUCGAGGCGAAGAUUCAGCUGAAGCUGUACUGCUACCUCAGCAAUGAGUUCCUCAGCGACGGCAUCAUCUUCAACGAGGUGCGGCGCAUCAGCACCGUCCUCCAGCUCCUUCACUCGCUCAAGUACUACUACUGGCUGGCGGAGGAGAAGGGCUACUCGGUCCGGGCGACGGACUACUCCCUCCGGCCCUCCUACGACGAGCUGGAGACCAUUCGCUCCUACAUCCUCCUCUUCAUCAAGCAGCUCAUCAUCAAGGGCGGCGGCAUUCACCUCGACGAGCUCCAGGCGGUGCUCAACUACCUGACGACGGUGCACGAGGACGCCAACGUCCUGGACGUCCUGCAGAUGCUGCAGUCGCUGAUGUGCGAGCACCCCGCCUCUCUGAUACCUGCCUUUGACGGGAAGCAGGGCGUGCAGACGGUCUUCAAGCUACUGAACUCCGCCAACGAGGAGAUUCGCAUUCAGGCGCUGAAGCUGCUGGGGUACUUUCUCAGUCGCAGCACGGCGAAGCGCAAGUCGGACGUCAUGGGGCCGCACAACCUGUACAUGCUGCUGUGCGAGCACCUGAUGCGCUUCACGCCGCUCUCCAUGGCCACCUACAGUGCGCUGUUUGAGAUUCUGACGGAGACCAGUAUCGAGUCGAUUCGCAUCACCAGUCCCUGCAAUUCGGUGCUGAAGAUUGAGAAUGCCAUGGUGCUGAAGGUCAUUGCCACGCUGCUGAUUGAGGAGGAGAAGAGCAGCAGUGCGCAGCAGAUCAAGGAGCUCUUCAUCAACGACCUCUGGUCGCUGCUGAUCAACAACCGCGAGAACCGCCGCCUAGUGCUCCAGAUGUCCGUCUGGCAGCACUGGCUGAUCAACCUGGUGGAGGCGAAGAACGACCUGGUGACCAACCAGAUACUGGCCAUCUUCCGCAUCCUCCUCUACCACGCCAUCAAGUACGAGUACGGCGGCUGGCGCGUCUGGAUCGACACGCUGGCCAUCAUCCACGCCAAGAUCUCCUUUGACGACUUUAAUGAGCAGUUUGGCGGAAAGGGAAGUGCUUCCGCCGCCGCCGCCGCCUCAACUCAGAGCUACAUGGACGCCUAUCUGCUGGAGUCGAGGAAAAAGUCGAUGGAGAAUCUGCGGUCUAACUUGGCCGCCAGUGGCAUUGGUGGAAGCGGCGGUGCUGGUGGCGCCAAGGUCAAGUCGGUGGCGUCGAAUCACCUUGAAGGUGGUGGUGACAAGGCGGCGACCAAGCAGGCCGAAUCGGCAGACGAUCCGCGACCCGAGGAUGAACGUGGAGAGCAGCGGCAGGCAAAAAAGAAAAGCAGCAAAAAAACUUCCUCGAGAAAGGAAGCUGAUGGCGGCGGCGGUGAUGAAGUGGAUAAAGAGGAUGAUGAAGAAGAUGUCGCAGAUGAUGAAGAAGGCGAGGAUGAGGACGAUGAUGAAGGGGCUGCCGAGCAGCAGCAGCCGGCCGCCAUCUGCACCAUUAGCUCUAUUCAGAAUGAAUCGGCGCUGGGGGCGGCAAAGGACUCGGCUACUGAUGAAAACGGAAGCAAACGAGUAAAGACCACCUCUGAGUCUUCGGAAACAGCUGCCACGGUUUCAGCGGAGGCAAACUCCUCUUCUUCCCCCACAGCCACAGACGCGGCGCCCAGUCGGAAGGGUCGCUACGAUGAUCAGCAGCAGCAAUCUGCGACGACGACAACUAAGGCCACUGAGACUUCAAAAUCCACUGCGGCAUCAGCAAAACCGUCCAGCAAGCCGUCCAUCUCCGUCUCCGCGACGCCCGCCUUUCGCAUACCGGAGUUUCGCUGGAGUGCCCUCCACCUGAAGCUCCUCAACGACCUGCUGUACUCCAUAGAGGCGGACCUGCAGGUGUGGCGCAGUCAGAGCUGCGGCGACUUUAAGCUGGACGCUGCGGGAGCUAGCACUGCUUCUGGCGGUGCAGCCGGCUCCAGCUCUUCGGUGGGCUCCAACAAGUCCAACGCCUCCAACGCCUCUUCCUCUGCGGCGGCCGCCUCGGCGAUGGAGGCGGUGCUGGCGAAUGCCGACAACCAGAUCUACAUCAUCAACGCCAUUCACCUGAUCAGCCAGCUCUGCGACAAUGUCAUCAUCAGCUCCGGUGGGCUGCUGCCGCUGCUCGCCUCGGCCACGGGCGGCACAUCGGCCUCAUCUAAUUCGGCCUCUUCAGCUUCCGCUUCUGGCGCCGCGGCCUCUUCUGCCGCCGCCUGCGUCACCAUCGGCGGCGAGGGCUUCAGCAGCUCGCAGGCCAACUUUCUCAUCUACCGCCUCGCCAAUCUGAUUGACCUGCUGUGCUUUGCAGCGACGCACGUCAACUUCACCGAGCUGGAGGCGGAGAAGAACAUGUCCAGCGGGGGCAUUCUCCGCCAGUGCCUGCGCAUCGUCUGCACCAUUGCCGUGAAGAACUGUCUGCUGCUGCAGCGAUCCGCUCAGCCCGGGUCAUCCUCCUCCUCUGCUCCGUACGAGUUUGAGCUGAUCAGCGAGAACGAGUACCUCUACAAGGGCGUCAGCAUCGUCAGCUCGGCGGAGCUCUUUGCCGUCGACUUCAACCCCGAGCUGAGCGACCUGAUCGCCUACAAGACGGUGGCCCUGGACAUGGACAGUCUGCACUACGGCCUGAUAACGCCCAUCAAGGACUCCGCCUCGCUGCUGCAGGAGAUGGACAUUAACCGGCUGCGGGCGUGCAUCUACCGGGACGCCGACUCGGACACGAGGCAGUCGCAGUUUCUCGCCCUGGCCACGCUGUACUUUAUCUCCGUGCUGAUGGUCAGCAAGUACCGGGACAUUAUUGAGCCGAAGCAGGCUGUGCCGCCGCCGCCGCCGCCGAUGAAUGGCGGUGAAGCACAGCUGAAGGUGAACUCCACCGCUGAAGAGGGGAACGCCAUGGACUCUGUGGAGCUGUCCUCUUCCACAAAAAACAACUCCUCCUCCUCCUCCUCUUCGAACAUCAGCGAGAAGCUGACCAGCAAGCUGGAGGCGACGCUGAGCAGCAUCUGCCCUCUCCUCAAGGAGAUCAUCGUCGACUUUGCCGCCUUCCUCUCGAAGACGCUGCUCGGCUCGCACGGCCAGGAGCUGAUCACCCGCGAGGCGAUACGGACCUUCAAGCGGGCGGACGCCAGUCCGGUGGAGCUGGUGAUGCUGCUCUGCUCGCAGGAGUGGCAGAACACGCUGCAGAAGAACGCCGGCCUCGCCUUCAUCGAGCUGAUCAACGAGGGCCGGCUGCUGUCCCACGCCAUGAAGGACCACAUCGUUCGGGUGGCCAUGGAGGCGGAGUUCAUUCUCAACCGGCUGCGGGCGGACGAUGUGACCAAACACGACGCCUUCACGCAGACCAUCAUCGAGACGAACGCGGCCCGCCUGCAGGAGGAGAGCAUCAUCAACUCGCUGAUACUGAGCGCCAAGCGCCGCGACUGGAUGAUCUUCAGCCGCUUCAAGGAGUCACUGCGCCAGCAGAUGAAUGAGAGCGAGCGACGGCGGUACUUUAAGCUGGACAGCUGGGAGGAUGACUCGCGGCGACGGCGGCGAUUUGUCUACGACUCGCUGGGGGAGUCGCUCAGUGGGCGGCUGAAGGCGCUGGCCGGCGGAGCUGGCCUCUCUGAAGUUGCUGCUUCAAACAGCUGCACUGAAAGCAACGCUGAAAGCAACGCUGACCACCUCUCCUCGCCGAUUGUGCCGCCGAAUCGAGGCAACAGCGGUGGUGGAGGCGGUGGCGGUGGAGUGUCUGCAAGCAACAGCAACGGCAACAGCCACAACAACCCCAAUGGAAGUCUGCUGCUGGAGGAUGACGACAGCGCCGACUCCUCCUUUGGCAUCUGGGACGGCGAGGACUCGCACCAGCGCAGCACCAACGCCGCCGCCGACUCUGCCACCGCCUCCGGUUUCCGCGGCCUCUCCGGCAUCGGCCCCAAGGGCGGCUCGCUGAAGGAGUUCAAGGACUGGGACCUGGUGGCGCUGCAGUACUGCGACCUGCUCACCUACAACGGCAAGAUCAGCUUCGCCGACAUUCGCGCCAUCUUCACGCGCCGCUACCUGCUGCAGCAAAAUGCCCUGGAGAUCUUCCUCUCGCAACGGACCUCGGUGAUGUUCGCCUUUGCCGACUUUGACACCGUCAAGAAGGUGGUGCGCUACCUGCCGCCGGUGGGCGUCGGCGUCAAGUACGGCAUCUCGCAGUCUCGGCGCGCCAGCCUCAUGACGCCCCGCCAGCUCUUCUCCUCCUCCAACAUGACCGCCCGCUGGCAGAAACGGGAGGUGUCCAACUUUGAGUACCUGAUGUUUCUGAACACCAUUGCCGGCCGCACCUACCAGGACCUGAACCAGUACCCCGUCUUCCCCUGGAUCCUCACCAACUACGAGGGCGCCGAGCUGGACCUCGCCCAGCCGACCAACUUUCGCGACCUCAGCAAGCCGAUCGGCGCGCUCAACUCCGAGCGGCGGGAAGAGUUCAUCGAGCGGUACAGCAGCUGGGACAACGCCCUCGUGCCGGCCUUCCACUACGGAACGCACUACUCGACGGCGGCCUUCACCCUCAGCUGGCUGAUUCGCAUUCAGCCCUUCCUCUCCAUUUACCUCUCGCUGCAGGACGGCGGCAUCGAGGAUGAAAGUCGCCUCUUCAAGUCAAUUCGCGACGCCUGGGUCGCCUCGCUGAUGGGCGGCCAGCAGAACGUGAAGGAGCUCAUUCCGGAGUUUUUCUACCUCCCGGAGAUCUUUUACCGCUGCAAUGGCGGCGGAGGUGGCGGCGGCGGGGAUGGAGGAGGUAGCCUCCUGCCCGACAUUGAGCUGCCCGCCUGGGCGGAAAGCCCGGAGCACUUUGUGCGCAUCCACCGAACCGCCCUCGAGUCGGACCUGGUCAGCUGUCAGCUGCACCAGUGGAUCGACCUCAUCUUCGGCUACAAGCAGCGCGGCCCGGAGGCGGUCCGCGCGGUGAACGUCUUCUACUACCUCACCUACGAGGGGAACAUCGACCUGGCGGCGAUUGGCGAGCCGUCGCUGCGCGAGGCCAUCGAGACGCAGAUUCGCCACUUCGGACAGACGCCCUCGCAGCUGACCGCCGACCCGCACCCGCCGCGCAGCAGCGCCCUCCACGUGUCGCCGCUGAUGUUCAGCGGGGCGCUGGACGAGCUCUCCAUGGCGCUGAAGUUUCCCUUCAACGCCCCGGUGGUGCACAUUUCCGCCUGCACCGGAGGUGGUGGUGGCGGUGGCGGCUAUAGCCUUACAGAUUUGGCCGAUUUGAUCAAAAAUCUAACCUGCCCGUUUUAUGGUCCCAUUCGACGCAAAACGCAUAGUGGAGUGUCCCUGCGCAAACAAAACCUUGAUAGCUCAAGUACUUCCCGAGAUAUCCGCAUUUGA